UUCAAUUCAGCAACGGAUGAAAGCGGUAGUUCAGAAACGUUCUUCCGAAUCUGUGUUCUCAUCCUACGGAUUGACGCUAUUUCUUUUGGGGGAAAAACCUGGGUGUCUUGUGCGAUUGAUUUCCCAAAACCACAAUUUACAAAAGAAACACCCCCCGUUUUAACUAAAACCAUAAAGUACUCUAAUACCGCAAAAGAGUGAUUAAAUCAAGAUUAGUGAAACCCGUUGAUGGUGAAUCCCAAAGUCCAAGGAUUAAGUCAAGUGACGUGGUAGUGAAUCUUUGAUCAUUUUGAGGAUUAAGUGAUCCAGAUCCCGAAUAUGACAACAGCAAGGCCAUCUGAUCCAACCUACGCCAAAUUAACCGCAGCAGAACUAUCUGCACUCUUUCUCAAAGGUGCCUCAAUGUCGUCGCUAAUGGAGCGUGAUGCAGGCUUCUGCUCCGGCAGCUCUGAGAAUGAAGAUGAUACACUCACCGAUCAUGCUCAGGCACCACGAAGUCCCACUGAUGCCUCAGAGGACUCCGUAGAAGUUAAAGUCACUCCAAUCUGUCUACCGAAGAACAAGCGAAAGAGCAGUGAGCCCCUGCGAUGUGUAUCGGAAUCAGAACUAGGACCCAUUAAAAAGAGGAUCCGGUAUGAGGAGAAAAUGAAAGAGACGGAAGUCAAGACAGAUGCAAAGAAUCCCUUUAGACCAUGGGCUUCUGUAGCAGCCAAUGGAGAUUGUGUCCCAUGUCCUCCUCCUGUAGAUCCAGCGGAAAUCUUCCGAAGGCAUCCAGCUGUCACGACACUCCAUAGGGCGCCAGAAACUGAAGAUGAUCAGGUGGAACCACUAGCCCUGGUGGCAAAGAAGACAUCCUCAGAGAAAACCCAAACAGUCACAUCAACUUCAGCUCGAAGGAUCAAACAGGAAGCUGAAGAUUCGAGUUCGGGGAGUUAUGCUGCAGGAAGCUCAAGUGGGGGAAAGAAUUCGCAGGCGCAGCAGCGAAAUUACAAGAACAUGACACGAGAGAGGCGAAUUGAGGCGAAUGCACGCGAAAGGACAAGAGUUCACACGAUCUCAGCCGCUUUUGACACCCUCAGACGUGCCAUUCCCUCCUACUCUCACACUCAAAAACUCUCCAAACUCUCCGUCCUCAGGAUAGCCUGCUCCUACAUCCUGACUCUUAGCCGAGUAGCUGGAAUGGACUACAGUCAGGAUGGUUCUGAACCGUCAAUUGAUGAUUGUGUGGAUCUCGUUACGAAAACCAUUCAGACGGAAGGGAAGCUCCGGAAGAAGAAGGAUGAAUAGAAUCCAUUCCACGCAGUAACAAGAGAAACGGUCUGAAGGGCCAACGUGAGACACUUUGCAAAAUCUACCAAAUUAUACUCAAUUUCAAAUGUCAAAAAAACCACACCAUAAAUCAAAUCUCUAACCUCAAUUUUGGCUGUCAAAAAUUUGAAGUAUUUUGCAAAGGAAUCUCCCGAAGUGUCCCGAAGAGGAACUCGUGACAAUAAUCGGUGCUCGAGAGUGAAAAAUUAUAAACUCAAUAAUCUGAUAACUUCUUGACAAUACAAUUGCAAGGCCGUUGGAUGUCCAUGUUGUCCACGACACAUCUCUGUUUUAAUUAAUCUUGAAGUUAAGGUGAUGAAAGAAACACAGUGAAGAAAAUGUCCAUCGAGAGAGAGAGAGAGACAGACUUUGAUGAAUUUUGGUCACGUUUCCAUUUUUCUCACCCAUUUUUUUGAACUCAGUCAGAGGUAAUUUCCAAUUAAGUAUUAAAUCAUUUCAGCAGGUUAAAAUCACGACAUAUUUCGCAAAAAAGAUGGAAACGUUGCCUAAGGAGUGUGUGGCUUUUUUUUGCGUAUUAAUAGUCCAAGUACAAAUUAAUUCUAAGUUGUCAUUUGGUCAUUUUAUCACACAUUGUGCCAUUUUUAUUUCUGUUGAUCUUAUUUUUUUGUCAAAUUUUUUUUAUCCUCUAUUUUUUUUACUCCAUUUCUUUGAUGUUUAGUUAUUCUUUGGUCAAAAAAAUAUAUUGAGGAUGUUUCAAAGUGUUAAAAUUUAUUUUUAUGAAGGAUGGACAACGUCCUGGGAAAUGCAUCUUGUAAAUAGAAAGUUUAGGGAGUUAUUUAACUUUGCGAUCUUCUUCGUGGCGAUGCGAUGUAAAAAAAGCGAUUUAACCUAACUAAAAACAGGAUUCCUUCAACGCUUUAAAGGUCAAAAUAUUGACAUGGUUCACUGCUGUGACUGACAAUGUCAAUUCUAACCUCAAAAUUGAAUUGUUUAUAUUAUAACCUCAUUUUAUGUAUUUGAUUAGAAUCCUUUCACAGAGCAUCAAGACAGAUGUUUUAGAACUUCCAUGGUAGAACAGAAGUCCUAAAACACUUUUACUUAAUGAAAUCUUUAGUAACAACAACCAUGAUGGCAUAACCUCACUUGAUGUGUUUUAUUAAGAAUUUCUAUCAAAGAAAGUAUCAAGAGAUAUAUUUCAGAACUUCCCUGGUUGAACAGAAGUCCUAAAACACUUUACUUAUUGAAAUCUUUUGACAGACAAACCAUUUUCACACGUAGUAACUUCAAACUUGGUAACAUAACCUCACUUUUUUGCGUUUUAUUAAUGCAUUUUCAUAAAGAAGAGCACUAAGAGAGAUAUUUUAGAACAUCCCUGAUCGAACAGAGGUCCAAAGAUAAUUUUCCUGUUAACAUUUUCCUACGGAUGAACUAUAUUCCUGUUUAGAACCUUCAAUCUUGAUGCCAUAACCUCACUUUAUGCGUUUUAUUAAGAAUUUGUAUCAAAGAAAGUUUCAAGGGAUAUAUUUCAGAACUUCCCUGGUUGAACAGAAGUCUUAAAACACUUUAUUUAUUGAAAUAUUUUGACAGAUAAACCAUUUUCAUACUUAGUAACUUCAAACUUGGUAACAUAACCUCACUUUUUGCGUUUUAUUAAUGCAUUUUCAUCAAGAAGAGCACCAAGAGAGAUAUUUUAGAACAACCCUGAUCGAACAGAAGUCCAAAGAUAAUUUACUUGUUAUCAUUUUUCAACGGAUGAACCAUAUUCCUGUUAAGCAUCUUCAACCUUGAUGUCAUAACCUCACUUUAUGCGUUUUAUUAAGAAUUUACAUAAAGUUUAAAACCAGGAUUGCAUUAAAGUGUUCUAUGAUUUCUGUGACAGAAUAGAGGUCUUAAUCGUUUUAUAUAUUUAAAUUUUUUGGAUAAUUGUUGGUAUUUUCUUAUUUAAAUUCAUUUAUAACCUCAAAUCCGGACAGUUUUCGUAUUGAUCAACCCUUUAACUUGGGUGUUAUAUUUUUGAUUGAUUCAGUUGAUUAUUAAAUUACACCAACUUGUAACUGUGGCAAUAUUUCCAAGAUUAAAAAAAAUCAUUUCACAAAACGAGGUUAUGUUUCCGAAUUACCUUAAAAUUACUCUUAAUAAUCUUUAAAUAUAGCAGUCUGCAUACUUUCUAAACCAAAUAAAGCUUCUAAAUUAUUAAAGAAAAAAUAUUAAUCAAAUUAUCUCUUUUUCUUUCUGUUUGAAUUACUAAAACAAUCUUCACAUAACCUCAAUCUGGAGGGUUUCUAAACAGAAGACUGGAAUUUUUUUAAAAUCUCCUAAUAGUGCGGAAAAUAACCAAAAACUCUUGUUUUCUAUGGGAAAAUUGAAAAUAGUUCCCUUUACAAAACAUAUUUUAAUUGAGGUUAUGAUGAUAUUUUGAGGUUAGGUUCUUCAAAAACUUAUUAAGAGUUUCAUAGGAGAUUUUUAAAACAGUCCAAGAGAGCUUAUCUUAGCAAGGCUUUUCAACACGAAAUAAACUUAAAUGUCCUUGUUCAUUGAUCAAGAAAAGGUUAAUUAGGUUAUGUUAAAUCAUUCGCAUCUUCCUUAAAAUUGCGUAGAUACGAAAAUGAUCGCAAAUUUAAAUGUCUUCCUGAGUAUAUUUAAAGAAGAGUAAUUGUGUAAAUAGACAAACUUUCAUUCAGUCGCAUAGAUUUUUAUUGGUGUAUCCGUUGAAUAUUAAGAAGUCUUACUGUAUAAACAAUUAAUAAAUAUUCUUGAAAACAAAAAUGAAGAAUACAAGAAUAAAAAAAAGUGUAAGAAAAAACCUUUAAUAGAGUUUGUAGUUUGUGCGAGAUAAGUAAUUUAUGACGAUUGAAAGAGAUAUGAUCGCCAACAUUUUUGUGAUAAAAUUUGCCUAAAAAUAAAAAAGUGGAAAAAACACAUUGAAAGAGUUGAA